AUGAUUACAACGCUCCCUCAUGUGCUUCUUGCACUUAUUUCAGUGGCUUUGGCAGCUCCAGCUCCAGCUCCAGCUCCACAUCCUGUAGCUCAAGCGGUUCCUCAUCCUAUGAUAACUCCACGAGCUUCUUUGACCGAUAGGACAGUAGAAGAGAGGGGAGUAAUUAGUUCAGUUGAAUCAUCCAUCAAAGGUUUAGAAAACUAUCUCACCAGUGUUCUCGGAACUUAUCCUUCAUAUAUUGCUAGCGGAAUACCAAAUUUCUUCCAAGACUUCCCAACUGGAAGUGCGGUGCAAAGUAGACUGGGGAUUAGCGAUGGUGAUUUGGCAGCUGCCCCUACACAGGUGUUGAAUAUCCCAGGGUAUGCGAAUUGGACCAAUGAAGGCUGGAACCUCCGCGUCCACGGAAAUGUCUUCAAACAACCAAACAUCUCCGAAUCUAAACUUGACGAAUUAGCAAACAUAUUCCUCGUCGGUACCUCAAUCGAAGAUCUUCCGGCGGCCCAACAAACUCAAGCCCGAAACCUCACUGCCGAGAUUUUUAUCGUACAACAGGGAAAUGUAAACGUUUCAUUCAGCCUAGAACCUGCCGCGUCUCAAGGCGGAGAUGGAGAAAGUGAUGGUGGCGGUGCGGUGACACCAGCUGGAGGAGCACAAAACAUUACACUUGUGGGACAGACAACUGUAGAGGGUGACUACGAUCAAUUUAUCCAAAUCGCCAAUGUUUCUGGAUCGGGUGGAUAUCUUGCCCCUGGCAAUGAUACAACGGACAUCCAACGAUUGAAUGUUUACACCGAUGGCACACUUACCGGAAACGCAACAUCUUAUCUCGUCCCUGAGUCGGGUAUUACCAUCAUUUCCGACAUAGACGACAUUCUUCGCGUAACCAAGAUUUAUGAGCCCGAAGAAGGUCUCCUGAAUUCGUUCGCGAGACCAUUCACACAAUGGAUGAACAUGCCAGAUAUCUACGCCAACUGGUCUCGCAGUAUUCCAAAUCUUCACUUCCAUUACCUUACCACCACCCCCGAGCAAGUAACUAGGAAUUACAUGCAAUUUAUCUACGACACCUACCCAGGAGGAUCCUUUGACACUCGCCCCCUCAACUUCUCAGAUGUAUCCGCAACACUCUCGAUUCGAAAGUUUUUACUCACCAAGAUAUUUGAGACCUAUCCCAGUCGAAAAUUUAUCUUGAUGGCCGAUACUUCCAAUUCUGAUGUUAUGAAAGAUUACCCUGAGAUGGUUACCGAUUUUCCGGGUCAAGUCCAAUGUAUCUUCCUCCGUAACACAUCUGCCACUGACAGUGGAGACAAAUUCCCAUACGAGACAUCGGGCUUCAAGAAUUUGGAUCAAUCACAAUACAUGUUCUUUUUGGUACCGGAUGAUCUCACGAAUCUUGAUAUUGUCAAUGGACAAUGCUAUAAUUCUACCAUUCCACAAAACGUUACCUUCAGUUUGCAAGGACUACCCUUUGGAUUGAGUAAGAGCGGUUCUGGAAAGAUGAUGGUGAUAGGUUGGAACCUAGUUUGGGUAUCUAUGCUAGGAGCUUUGAUGGUUGGGUUGUAA